AUGCAUUCAAGACACUCAAAAAGACGUCGCACGGGAGGUUCGGAGACCUUACAGGAUCUCGUUCCGUCGCUACCUGCAGCCCCACUGACGUCGCCGUUGUUUACGGUGUUCCCCGCUGAGAUCCGCAAUCGCAUUUAUGCGUUUGCCCUGGAGUCCGAGGAUGUUUCCACAGAAAGCAGUCCUCGAUCGCUCUAUAAACAAAACGAAUUCUACUACCGACCCGGGUACAAACAGCCAAAGCGCAUCCAGACUGCUCUCCUUCAAACAUGUCAACAGAUCUACGCCGAAGCGUCACUCCUCCCACCAGCGGUCAAUGAGCAUACAUUCUGGUUUUAUCGCGCCCCGCCGCAUGUCAAUGAUGCCUCGAACCCGAUGGAAUAUUUUCGGAAGAUGACCCCAAAACAACAGGCCCAAGUGCAACAUUUACACUUGUUCACCCAGCAAUUUUUCCUAGAGGAUAAUGUCUGGUCUCACAUAUGGCACGGUCUAAAGAUAGGCGAUGAUGGGCGCAGAAUGCGAGGAGAGUGCAGGAUCGCGCCGAAGAAGCUGACAAUCACCCUCCGGCACACAGACUGGUGGUACUGGGAGAACAAUGACCCCCUGGGCAUCGACCCAUUCCAAACUGGGAGGACCCGCGCGGCCCAGAUGGGUCGGGCUGUCAGUUCAACCGCCCUACCUAGGGCAUGGGGUAACCAGUUCAUUUCGAUUCCUUGUCUGAAUGAACUUGUGAUCGAGUUCGAGACCGUCAUGCGAAAAAGAGACCAGCUCGAUGACAUCAUACAACGAGCACUGCAGUGGAAGUUUCCCUUGCAGCCUGACAAUGGCUUGCAUUUGGUUGCUGAUCCCACAUCAAUAAGCGCAUAUACCUGGGUCGGAGCAAAAGAGGCGGCGCUGAAAAUGCAGAGGCCUGCCAUGCCACGGCCGGUUCAUCCUGUGGUUGGGUUCGAACCACAACCCGUUCAGACGGAGGCCCCUGCAAACCCGACUUUGAAGCCGUUUGAUCCGAGUGCCUCUGACAGUUCUGAGCUUAAUCCGGAUGCGGAGCAGUUCUAUGUUGUGUUUUUGACUUGGAAGAAGCACCAAGAUCAGAGAUAG